GGAAGGUGUUAUACGGCAGAACAACAACGUGCUUGCAAUCCGAUCGCAGAUCGAGCAGCUGCAAACGGGGCAUAGGAACAACAUAAUUAUGUUGCCGAUGGAUCGAUUGCUGGGGCUUGGUUGCCUACUGCUACUGUCGCUACACGUCGGUUCUGGGAGCGGCGCCAUAGUGACGGAUCACGAUCGAGUAGUGACGUGCUACAUCUCAACCUGGGCCGUUUACCGUACCGGUAGUGCAUCCUAUCCGCUGGACUCAUUCGAUCCGACCCUUUGCACACAUGCCAUCUACGCUUUCGCUGGUUUAGAUGAGGCGAAAAAUGCCAUCAAAUCGCUCGAUGCAUGGCAAGAUCUCAAAGAUAACUAUGGCAAGGGAGGUUACGAAAAGCUGGCGGGAAUGCGCGCAGCAAAUCCUCAUCUGAAAGUUCUACUCGCGAUCGGUGGCUGGAAUGAGGGUUCGGAAAAAUAUUCGAACCUUGCGGCCAAUCCCGAACGGCGGCAAGCCUUUGUGAAGAAUGCGCUCGAUUUUAUCAAACAGUACGGAUUUGAUGGACUUGAUCUGGACUGGGAGUAUCCGACGCAGCGCGGUGGAAAACCGGCCGAUCGUGAAAACUUUGUAGCGCUCGUACGCGAACUGAGUCAGGUGUUCCGGAAGAACAACCUGCUACUAACGUCGGCGAUCGGUGCGGGCAAAGAUACGAUCGAUGCGGCGUACGACGUUAAGGCACUCUCAAAGUACCUGGACUUCCUGCACAUCAUGUGCUACGACUACAAUGGCAGCUGGGACGGUAAGAUUGGUCCUAACGCACCUCUUACCAGCCGCGACUUCCUUAACGUCGAGUAUUCGAUCGAGCAUCUGCUGGAGCUUGGAGCCCCAGCUAGUAAACUCGUCCUCGGACUACCGUUCUAUGGCCGCACGUUCGUCAGUACCAUUGCUAAGGCGCGGCUAGGCGAUACAGCGGAUAAGGUCGGGUUCCCCGGACCAGCCACCAAAGAGAACGGUUUCAUGGGCUACAAUGAGGUAUGCGAGGAGCUGAAGCGUAAUCCAGGCGAUUGGACGCUCGAAUGGGACUCGACCGCAUCGGAGAUGGUGGCAACCAAGUCAAACAGUUCCAUGUCACAAGUGGUGGUGUACGACAGUACGCGCUCGAUCGCGAACAAGGUUCGCUUUGCGGUUCGUCAAAAGCUGGCCGGACUGAUGGUUUGGUCCGUCGAUACCGAUGAUUUCAACGGACUAUGCGCUCCGGAAGAGGACACGUACAAAGACUUUGGCGAUCGGAACCAUGUGGCCCUAUCGAUCCCAGCUGCUGUUACUGGAAAAUAUCCACUGCUAAAGACGAUCAGUAACGCCAUCGUCGUAGCGUCGGAUGAGUUGACGCAAGAAAACGUCAUCCCACACGAACCGGAUGAAGUACCUGCGGCUGGUGGAUCGACCACGGGACCAUCGGGAGCCACAUUGGCUACCGCUUCGAGCACACUUCUGGCUAUGGUGUUGUUCAUUGGAACGGUUACCUUCACCGCCCGAAGGCUGUAA